AUGUCUUUUCCCGACAACGGCGCGUAUUAUACCUUUCACCUAGACCCAGUCGCGUCUCUGCUAGACAUAGAGGACGAGGAAGUCGCUGAGGCCGCUCGUCGAAUAUCACCCAAGAUCUAUGUGGCAUGCACAAUCAAGACCAUUGGCGCUCCUCAACCUCCGCCGGCGUAUGAAGUGGCGACUAUUGCUCUCGUUCAACAAGGGCUGCCACCUGAAAGUCCCAAAGAAUUCCUGGAAUCAAGGAUUACUCGCGUGCGCAUCAGGACCGAGAAUCGGAACACUUACCCUCCCCAUUCGCUCGGUCCAUCCGAAUGCGUAACGCUCAGAUUCUUAUUCGGCGACGAUGAGCAGCGUCGAGAACGCCUGCGCGACUGCGCAGAGACAGGGAUCGCACCACCGCCCCCUACGCCUAGCAGUAUGGCGCUCGCCAGCAUCAGCAAUGCCGACAGUAAUCGCUCGGACGUACCUUACUGGCAAAUCAUGGCCGCCAGGCGGGAAGCGGCCCUCGCCGAGCCCUCUCUAGAGCUGCAUGUCGAAAUUGACGAGAACUGGGACGCCGAGACCGACUACUCCGAUGCCAGCGGCUACUCAGACGGUGGGAGCGCUGACCGGGGCGACCCGCCUGCUUCCAGUCCGACCCAACCUGGGAAUGAAGCACGGGACGACGUCGUGCGAGAAACGUCUCCGGCGGUCGAAAAUGUCGCGGAAGUCGAGAAUGAUAUACUCGCUGCUCUCACGCAUCGCGCGGACUUGGGCAAUAUUUCGCCUGUCAUUGUACCGCUCUCGUACGAUUUGAGCACCUUGCCUGCGCCCCCUUCACCGAUUGGGUUCAUGGAGGAGUUGAGCGCUAUCAGGAAGAUACGGUCUGACUAUGAGGAGCGCGUACGAAAGCUCAAAGAAGAAGUCCAACGUCGCGAUGACGAGUACAUGGCGGACAUCCAAGCGCGCCGUACCGAAGAGCCUCCAGUACUACAGUCCAAGUGGUCGCUUCUCAGAGGCUUCGCAUUCACCAACAGAGUGAAGGCGCGCUUGGUUAGUAUGGAUCAGCACGAUAAGCAUGUCGCCAAAGCACCCCGAAAACUCUCGGUAAAGGUGUAUGUGGCAUGCUUGACUUGGCCUGUCGGCGUCCCUCAACUGCCGUCCGCGUAUGAGGUGGCGAGCGUUGACCUCGUUCAGCAAGGCCUCCCUCCUGAAAUACCUGACGAGUUUUGCGAAUCCCGGAUGUGUGUUCCCAUCCGACCCAACACCCAGCAUCCAGAUGGGCGCCGACCUGCGCAUUGCUGCCUUCCGCUGCCUUGGGUUGGGUGCUACCAUGUCGCGAUGCAUCGCACGCGCGUACGAAUUAAGACUGAAAUACGGCCCACCGACCCCCCUCAUUCUCUUGCUCCUGCGGAAUGCGUGCUGCUCAACCAUAUGCUCGAAGAUGACAAGGAGAGACGAGCGCGCCUGCGUGAAUGUGCAGUGAAGGGACUCCCGCCGCCACCCGUUGCUGCCGGCGACUACACGAUCUCUGCUAUUAGGUCUGCUGACCAGGAGAUCACGGACAUUCCUCACUGGCAAAUAAGAGCCACCGAGCGAGCCGAACGCCUUGCCAGUCCACCUAACGAAGGUGCCUUCAAAAUGAAGCUCAAGCCGAACUGGGACGCCGAGAGCGACAACAGCGACUACUUUGAAUCAGAUGAUGGUGGUUACAUUGCGCCAGCUUGCGGUUCAGGUCACUCCGAGAACGACGUCCAAGACAACGCUGCGACAAAUCCCGCCGCCGCUGUCGAUGAUAUCGCGGACGUGGAGGAUGCCAUCCUCACUGCUCUCAAUCACCGGGCGGACUUGCGCGAUCUCUCGCCGGUCAUCGUACCGCUCUCAUAUGACCUUAGCGCCUUGACUGCGCCGCCCUCGCCAACUGAAUUUAUGGAAGAGCUGGUUGCUAUCAAGAAAAUACGAUCGGACUACGAGGAGCGCAUCCGACGGCUAAAAGACGAAGUUCGACUUCGCGACGACGAGUACAUGGCGGACAUUGAAGCACGUCGUAACAAACAGUCCCCGGCGCGGUCCAAGUGGUCGGUCCCCUCGAGCAUCAUGCCCAUCACUAACAAGCUGAAGGCUCGCUUGGCGUCUUUGCGCCAUAGGCCUGCGUCGCCAACGAUCGCGUCGCUGCAGGAUAUUGAGGACCAGGCAGUUAUUAAGGCCGCCCGUGAAAUACCGACCAAGGCUUAUGUAGCCAGUACAAUCGAUUAUAUUGGUGCCCCUCAACCUCCACCGGCAUACGCAGUAGGGACCAUUUCUCUUCUUCAGCAAGGCCUCCCGCUUGAUGACCCGGGCGAGUUUCUGGAGUCUCGGAUGUGCGUUCCCGUACGACCGAACACACAACACCCUGAGGGGCGCCGACCUGCUCAUUGCUGUCAUCCUCUGCCUUGGGAUGGAUGCUAUCACGUCGCGCGUACAGAUGUACGCAUCAAGACCGAGAAUGGGCCUCUGAACCCACCUCAUUCUCUGGGCCCUGCCGAACGUGUAGCACUUGUCAACGCGCUCAGGGAUGACGAGGAGCGAAGAGAGUGCCUGCGCGACUGCGCAGCGAAGGGAAUACCCCCGCCACCCGCUGCCCCAAGCGGGAGAACUCUUGCUGGUGCCCGGGUGGCCGACAGGGAGAUUUCGGACACUCCUCACUGGCAGAUCAUGGAGGCAAAGGCAGAGGCGAACCGCCUGGCCUGGGGGGACGCCGAUAGCGUGUACUCGGACGCGACCAGUCAAUCGAAUGAGAGUGACGACGAAGCGUCUUCGUCUGGUUCGGCGCAUACCGAGUUUGGCGCAGAGGACAGCCCCGCAACGGACGACCAAGCUGCUAAUGGUGUCGCCGAGGUCGAGAACGACAUCCUCGCUGCCCUCAUGUAUCGUGCGGACCUGGGCAACACCUCGCCGGUCAUCGUACCGCUCUCGUACGACCUGAGCACCCUAUCCGCACCUCCUUCGCCGACAGGGUUCAUGGAAGAAUUGGAAGCUAUUCGGAAGAUACGCUCCGACUACGAAGAACGCGUGCGAGAUCUCAAAGAAGAGGUUCGGCGCCGCGACGCCGAGUACAUGGCGGUCAUCCAAGCGCGCCGUGUCGGAGACCCUUCGUCACAAUCCAAGUGGCCGCUUCUCGGGGGCUUCGUGCCAUUCACCAACAAUGUGAAGGCUCGCCUGGGGCAACGCUCACUGAGCGUACAGGAAGCAAUUGGUGGUCUUGUAAAGGACAACUUUGAGGUCUAG